AUGGCUUUCGCGGAUGAUUGCACCGGCGUCCUCGAGGAUCUGGCGAUGGUGCCCCGCUUCGUUGAUGCCGUCAGCCGCUAUGCUUCCACGGCGGGUCUCCGCCUCAACGUGUCGAAAGCUGUUAUUCUGCCGUUUCAGCUUGUGAUCCAGCUCUUAGUGGGCACCUGCGUGAUCUGGGGUUCUCGGUGGUCGGCGACAUGGAGUCCACUGUCUUGCUUGAGUUUUUUAAAGUCCUUGUCUCCCUCUGUCCCGGAUAUACGAUCGUCUCAUUCCGCUCACGGUCUCGCGCUGCCUCCUGUGGCGGUACCGCGCAUGUUCUCUCCGUGGGAGGGCUGCUAUUCUUCGCACCCUUGUCCUACCCUUGCUUAG